UAUUAAAAAAAAACAAAAAAAGACUUUGUCAAGAAUAAAAUGUCAAUGUAACUUACUUUAAAAAUAUAAACUUUUUACAAAAUUUUAGUGAAAAUCGAAAAAUACAAUAAAUAAAAAAAUGGGUAUCAAAAUGAGUAAAAAACUUGCCGAUCCUAAUAAUCCGUUUUGGAGGGGAAAAGACACUGUCGAUUUUUACAUAAGACAACAUCCCGAGGUUACUCCGAUAUUUGUCAUCGCCGGAUUCGUUUACGCCAAUGUUCCAUGGUUCGUCACUUACCAAUGGUUGACAAGACCGGACUAUUGUCUAGUUAGCGAUCCAAACGGGAAAAGAGUUGAUGAGAAAAUCGACCUGGAAAAUCCAAAAGUAAGCAAGUUUUUAAAGUUUCACGAAAUUUACAACCCACAACCAGAAUUGGCGAGGAUUUAUAGGGAGAUGGAUGAAGAGGAAAAGAAUCAAGGAUUAGAGAGGGAAUAAAAUCAAAAUAUGUAUAAGAAUCAAAAAAAUGUAUAAAUAAAGAUACAUUGACGCCCAAAAAUAAAAGUUGUGGAGUUUUGAAGAAAUCUUCUUUAAGAAAGGUUUUCUCCUUAAAUUUAAGAGUUAAAUGGGAAGCUUUUCUAAAUAUAGAGUGAGUUCCUUCUGGAAACGAUCCCCAACAAAGCCCCCUCGGGUUCAGUAACGGUUUGGUAAUGCGAAAUUCACCCUUCGAGGAUUCGGCUUCAACUGGCGGGGCAGCAGCUGUGCCUCGACUCCAACAAACGACUGCCCCUCAGCUGGCACCCAAGAACACGUCGGAAAGAAGACAGGGACGUAUUGAAAACGAUUUUUAUUAUUAUGUCAGGUAGAAAAAUGAAAUACUUAAAAGUAUCUAAAAUUAAAUUAAGAUCACCUCUUUUCUCUUAACAGUCUUAAGAGUGUGGGCGUGAUCUUUGCUGGACAAAAAUACACCAAGUGUGUGUGUGGCAAUGACCUUCACCGAGGGCGUUAAGUUGGCCGAGUCGGAGAGCGUCGACGUCGUCUCGUCGCUAUGUUUACUGUCGUCGCGGCGUCACAACGCCGCCAUCACCAUCUUUUUGAUCCCUUAUUAUUUAAUUUUUAUAAACUUGAAGGUUAUUCUUUGUCGUAGUAGUCGCCUUUGUGUGGUGCCAGACCGAAACGUUAGCCAAACUAUAUCUCUACCUGGGAGAACAGGGAGACAGGCAAAAGCGAGAAAAAAAAGACUCCGACCGUUGAAAAGCGAAAAUAAGGUUGGGGCAAAGAGAGAGAGAUGGAGAAGAGGUAGAAAGAACGAAACGUUGCGACAUGUGGCUGUGUAAUACAGGAUCGUAUCCGGACCAAAAAAAAAUUGAAAUGAUAUUAUAUGGAUUUAAAUCGAUUUAAAAGACAAUAAUAAUUUUAAUGAUCCAGAUUUGAUGAGGGGAUUUUAUAAAUAUGUAAUGUCGCGUGUUCAAGCAUAUUUAGCGUGCCCCCGCAACCGAGGAAUGCAUCGGUACGGACAAGUUCGUACCAGACCGUGCUGCUGCCGUCGUCGUCGACUCGGCAGCAAGCAUUGAUUUACGGUCGUAAUUGCACGGAUCCGACAUUAUCCUGAUUACCAAAAAGGAAAAACCGUACACUGUGUGGGUCGGUGUCGAGGGCCAACAGUUUCCGCGAAUAAACAUUCCUAUGCACUUAAAGCGUCCACGAUCUCCAGGAAUAUGCGAGAGAUUAUGAAUGGUGAGAGUGGUUUUAGGAGAGGUAUUCGGGCGCACGCGUCGUUUCAUCUUAGAAAUCAAUAAUUUACACCAAAAAUUACUUUUUUUAAAACAACAAAAAUUUUGACAUAAAUUUUAAUAAAGCCCAAAUUGAUCAAUAAAUUGUUUCCCUCUAAAUAUACUGGGUGUAUGUUUACAAAAUUACCGAUUGGGUGACAUCUGUUGAACGAUAGGGUAGUAGAAGUUUUAGGAGGAAAUCGUGAGAGGAAUAAGCAACGCCACCUGUGAACAUCGAUGUAAUAAACUUCAUCAAAAAAUCAUCUCGUUUUUUUAAUCCUAACAAGAUUAAAUGAUAAACCAUUUAAACGAAUCGUCAAAAAAACUGAUAACGCAUAGCAAAUAUUGGGAAGUGAAUAACAAUUAUUUUUGUAUGUCUAAAAUCAAGAUGAAAAUUUUUGUACUCUUUGCCAUUAUAAUUAAUUUUUAUAUAAGAGGCAGGUACUGGGAUUUGCUUUAUGAUUAUUAAUUAAAUACAACGGUAAUACUUGAUGAAACUAUGGGCAAAAAGUCAUCUUUGAAGCACCACGAAUUAGUUACAUUAUUACUUGAAGAGAAUUAGGAACCACUGCUACAUCAUAAGCAAAAUAUUUGUGGCAGAAGAAAAUAUCAGAAGGAGAACCAAAAAAAUAGAUAGAAAUAACAUCAUAUCAGAUAAAGAACAAAAACAACAAAAUGUCAUGUUCAAAUGUAUUGAAAAUGAAAUACCAGAAGUUAAAUCGUAAAUCCCCCGUAAAUCCAAGGCGACGAAUAAGUCACAAUUUCUCCAACAAGAUAAAGAGAGCCACUCUAGUUCGCCAACUGUAUGUUUGUCAGCAAACAAAUCAUUGAGUAAUUGAGUAAUAAGUUUUAGAAAGAAGAACUCCAAUUUCAUUUUUAUUUAAUAGUACGAAUCAUAGUUCUACAUCCAAAAUUAUUUUCCCAUUCCAAACUUCUCUGAUCUUUUCCGUACUGUUAUCCAACUCAAACCAAAAAGAUAAUUGCCCAGGAUCUUUUUUUCUGAUAAAAACGAAUAAGGCAUCAGACUGUUCCUAUUUGUGGUAACCAUGGUACAAACCAUUCUAGCAGAUGUUACCUUGGUUAAUCUAACGCAGGAUACCCUGAAGCCGAAGAAUGCGUUAUGCCACUAUUAUUGGAUUAUGUCUUCAAGAAAAGUUAUCCAUUACGAAGACUUCAAGAGCCAACAACACCAUGUUAUGUACAAAUUGGUGAUUAUUAACGACACAUACAUCAUCGAAUCUUUGUUGCAUUUCAUCAAGUAUAUACCACAGCUUUUUUGUUGUUGAAAAAAGUUGUUGAAAGUGAAUGAAGACGAGAAGUCUGCGAAGUCAUCCUUGCUGUUGAGAUUUCGUUAGUUUUUAAUUAAAUCGGAAGCUGCCACUUAUUCAAAUCCUAGACGAACACCUUGGUUAUGUAAAAAGAAUCUUUGUAACUUAAUACAGACGUCAUUUUAUAUCAUUACAACAUCAUGAUUUGAAGUUACAAUGAAAUAAAUAAUGUUUGUUAACUA